AAGCUGCCUUAUGGAGGAGAGUCAGGCCAAUGGUCUGCCUAGUUCAGUAUUGCCUACACAAACUGGAAGCAGCUGGACAGGAUUCCUGUCCCGGCCUUAACUGGAGAUGUUGGGGAUUGAACCUGGGGACAUUCCACACAGUCUGUGGGUCUUGUUGGCACUUAGGAUCCUCAUGGGACGGGGCUGAUGGAGUUACACUCCUUCCUCGCUGAUCUCCAUGGCAGUUCGGCCUAUAAAGACCUAAUGGAUGUGCAAGAUUUUGACUGAAGUGUUUCAGUCGAAAGAAACAGCUGAGAAUUCUCAACUUCUGUCUGCAGUAGAAGCUUAGCUGCUCCUCCGUCAUGAAAGCUGCCAGUGUCAAGGCAAGAAAGUGCUCAGUGUUGCCUCCUAUCAUCCCCGAGGCGGAGAAGGAAUUUCUGGAGAGCAUCCAGAGUUACAUCCACUCAGAAAUUGAGAAAGUGGGCUGUACUGAGCAAGGACUGGCUGAGGAGUAUUACAUAAUAUACAGAAAUGUGUUUGAAAUGAUAAUAGAGCAUGCUAAUGCGUACAAGAAUAUCCUGACUACAAUCAAGCAAGAAUAUGAUGCCUUCAUAGAAGCAAUAAAGAAGGGCCAACAGAAUGCCUUUUAUCUUCAUGGGAAAUUAAAGAUUUUAGCCUGCGAGUCUACAACUCUCAUGUAUUAUAAGAACAGAAUUAGUCAGCUGAAAGAAAAGAUAAAAAUAAUUGAGAAAAAUUCUGAAAGAAUCACAAACUUGAUAAAGAAAGUAAGAGCAUUAAGGCAGACAUCCUCUGCAAAAGACUCUCCAACCCCGACCAAGACAAUCAACCCUGCCACCCUCAUUCCAGGCAUCAGCAUGAAAGAUUCUCUCGACAUCAAUGCCCUUUCUGUCCACCUGGCUCACCUCCAACAGAGGGUGAGGGACCUGAAAGAAGACAUGUUGACAAAGUACAUCCCCCUGGAGAACACUGUAGACAUUGAAGAGGACCUCAACCGUGCCCUUCUCCAGCGAAAUGCGGCUGAAAAAGAGAAUGAGCUGCUGAAGUUUUGCUUUUAUCGACUAUCACAGUUUGUCAACGUUGUGAAUAUCUGGGAGAGUUCAGACAGGAGUUUAGAAACCUUGCAGCAGCUCAUCAUUCAAAUGAUAGAAAAUGAGAAACUUUCAAAAGAUACACUUGCCAGCAGCAUUUCCAGCGUAUUUGAACAUGACCCCAGCAAAAGCAAAGAGGCUGAAGACCUGAUUGAAUACAUUGAAAGGUUCAAUGAACUGUUUUCCCGUAGUCAGUUUGAGGCUGCUGCCAUAUAUGCAGCAAACUGUCCAAGAGGAAUCCUCCACAAUGAAGAAACCAUGGAGAAAUUUAGGGGUGUUGGCCCAAUCAAAGGGAAGGUUCUCCCUCUGCUCAUGUACUGCGAAGCUCUAAUAAGCACAUGCAUAGCUACUAAGCAGCCACUUUCAAGCCAUUUGGUAGCUGAAGCCAUCCAGUGUGCCUUGAAUGAGAAACGGUUAGACCUGGUGAUGCACUGGGUCACCAUGCACAGACUGGCAUUCUGUGAGGAAGCCGGCGAUGCAAUCUUCAAUUAUGCACAGAUGGAUAAGCACAAUGAGUCCCAGUGCUACGCUUUGGCUCAGAUUGUCUACCUUGAAUGUGGAGCGCACAAAAAAGCCGCCCUAUGCUUGUGCAAACAGGGACAGAUCUAUGGAGCCAUGGAUCUACUUCAGCAAUGCAAACGCUUUCCCAGAGAGGACUAUAUCUUCCUACUGCAACAUUGCCCAAGUGUAGAACUCAUGAGCUGCCUAACUCAAGAGUGGAAUGGGCACCCACCCUUCUUGUCCCUCGGGGAAACAGUCCUGACGCUCAUCGACACAGAACACAAAGUCAUUUGCAUACGAUUGUUGGAAGAUAUCUCCAAGGAAGGCAGGGACGUGCUGGAACAAAUUAUUGUAAAGGAUAAAGAAUGCAAUGUGGAUGGCUGGAAGGAAAUAGCUGAAAUAUGCCAGAGUAUCAGGAGAGAAAAACUAUCCAAGUUUCUUAUCACGAUCCUGGCUGCCCAAGCAGGAGUGGUUGAAAUUCCUGAUGGUGCAGAGGAUGCCAAGUUAAUGGAACACGUUUUCUGGUAAUUUCCCUGCAAAUCACACGGGGGAGCUCUUGGCCUCCAGAGUCACUUCAACUGGGCGAAGACUCAACAAAACCUGACUUGUGAAUGUGCUUUCUUCUUAGAAACAAUAAUAUAUUAAACACCUGGGUGCCUGUCCUUAUUGGGAGAGAUGUUUGUCAUGGCAAAAUAUGACUGUGUUGUUUGAAGUCUGUAUUUGAUUUGGUUUUGGAUACCGUCGUCCUUGUUUCACAUAAGACUUGUUCCAGAAGGGUAGCUGUGCUAAGUCUGUUAUAGCAAAAAGCCUGGGGCAGAUUUAAAGACUUUGUUGCUAGCAGUUCAUGGUCAUGGAGUUUCACGUUCAUACUAAAAUUAUUUUCAUUUCAUUUCUCCUCUGAUUUCAUUUUUGUCGCCCAACUUUUUCUUCUUCCAAAAUAGUUUCUGUCCACAUGACUUGGUCUAUUAUUUCAAAUUGAAAAAUUCCAUAUUUGCACAAUUGCACCUAUGCCACUGGGCCCAGAGGUUGAGAUGCUCCCUCACUCCCUCACUCCCUCUCACUUACAUGCACACAAUACCCACCCCAAAAGACUUACUCAGGGCCUUCCCACAUGCCAUACAGGGCUAACAUUUUGAUAUAUAUUUUGUAAUUUCUCCAACAUCUCUACUCCCAGGUAGUUGAAACAAAAAAUAAAUCCUUCCAGUAGCACCUUAGAGACCAACUAACAGGUAGUUAGGCUUGCAGACUUAAUUUAUCAGAGAAGCUUUUUGUAAGACAAUGUAGCCAGGAUCAUUCAUUUGGGAAGGGGUUGUUGUUUUAAAAAAAAUCAGGUGAGGUGAGGAGGCUGGGCAAAUCAGAAGUCACUUGAAGACACCCACAAUACAUUUCUUUUGGAAACCCAAGCACCAAGUUUACCCCGUUUCCAUUUCUUCUUCUUCUUCUUCUUCAAUAACUACCCUUCGCUCUAAGGCCCUGUGCUGGGUUGCAGCCAUUUAAAAUACAGUGUUAAAAGCAAUUUUAAAAUUACAAUCACGAAAAAUAAAAAGAAGCAGUAGCAUCUUAUAAAAAGUGCCAUUGCUGGGUUUUAUUGGAAAAGGUUCUGUUUUGCAGGCGUUAACAUAGGUGUAGAAUGUGAUCCUAUGCAUGAUUAUUCAGAAGCAAGACCACCUUAUUAGUACUAAUGUCUUAUUAAAACACCCGAAGCUGCUAAAAGAAUGAAGAAUCCAGGACUUUCACAAAUUUAUUUAGGGGUCCACCUGGCACCAUCAUAAACCAUCUUUCCGGCACUAAACUAAAACUUGAUGGAUUAUGAGUAGCUAGAUAAUGGCUUAUUUGAUGAAAUAUUCUGCAGGGAGGGGGUUCUGCUGGGUCUGUUUAUGGAUUAUUGAAAUGGUGUUACUGAAAUGUAUUGUUAUGGUUUUGUGCUACACAUUUGUGCCUUAACUUUUUUAUAAAUUGUUUAGAGACUUCUUGUAGUAAGUGACUAAUAUGUCAUAUAGUUAGCAAUACUAUUAUUUAAAAUGUUUUAAACAUUGGAGUAAAAUGACUAUGGAAUGUAUAAAAUAUAGGCUGAGAUUAUUAUGCAUUUAUUCAACAGAAUUUGCAUGCCAAUUAAUUGUAAAGAAAAUCUCUUAAGUGGUUGAGUUUAAAGUAUGCAACAUAAACACAGUGAUCAUUCACAACAAAAGUAAUUAGUGAUAACAUAAUCGGCCUUAAUUUGCUAUGUUAAUUAAUAUAUGUAGUUAGAUAGAAAACCACUGCAUUUAUAGCCAUAGAUAUAGACGUGAUCUUCUUUUUUAACAAUAUUUUUAUUCAUUUUCAAGUUGCACAUCACACUUAAAACAACAUAACAAACAACACAUUAACUACAUUGCUUAAAAUAUCAGAUCAGAUUCUUACAGUUCACGCCAAAAAAACUUCCCACAUAUUACCAUGAUUA